GCUGAUCCCGCUGUUGUUCCCAGUUGCUUCCACUUUGUUAUAAUACCACUAACAGUUGACCAUGGAAUAUUUAGUAGCAAGGAGAUUUCACGCAUGGACUUUUUGCACAGGUGGCAACCUAUCAUGGUACCAUGCUUGAAUUCACGAGCUCCUGAGAGCAACCUAUUCUUUCACAAAUGUUUUUAGAAGCAGUCUGCAUGCCUAGCUGUUUGAUUUAAUACACCUGUGGCCAUGGAGGUGAUUGGAACACCUGAAUCCAAUGAUUUGGAGGGUGAUUGGAACACCUGAAUCCAAUGAUUUGGAGGGG